ACCCACACCCACACCCACACCCCACCCAGAAAAGACUUUAUGAAACAAAUUUCUAUAGACCUCGAGUGAACUAUGAGAAAAGAAUUCGCUAGAAUAGAGACCACGAAAAUUAGUAUACUAUUCUUAUGAAUUCCAUUCCCACUACACUACCUAAAAUAUCGACCAUAAUGGCUUUAAUUUUACUGAUCGUAUUAAAUUCACGAUACAGAGUUCAUAGUCAACAUCAGAAAAUGAAAUUCAUUUUCAUAGAUUUUUGCGGACUACUAAAAAUGUCCUGAACAAGAAAAUAAAGCAUUACUGGAAACACUACUCUGAUCAAAUGCGAAAUCGGACUAUUGAGAGUGGCAGUUCGUGUAUGGAGGAAAACGACGUGUGGUGAGUUGUUGCUAAAGGUUCACUUACAGCGUCUCAAUAGAAAGGUCCGGUCUUUAAAAAAAAAUGGCCAUCUUUUGCAAGAUUAUAAAGAACUCUUUUGUAUUAACGUGUGUGUUCAGUGAUAGUCUUCAAAACAGAAUCCAGUAAACGAAGGAAUACGAUGGUUAAAUCAAACCCACUCAAUUACGAAGCGGGCCAUGGCGACGAGAACUAUUUACUCUUUCAUAGGUGCAUAGCAGGACAUUAGUUCUGAUCUUCCUCUUCUUGAGUACCAUAUGUUCAACAAAAUUACAUCCGUUCAGUAGAGGGUUAGCGACGUUUGCGUCGCGUUAUCUUGUUCUAUAACGAUCAAUCGGAAAUUCCGUCUGACGAUUUACUUUUAUCAUUUUUAUUUCGUGUUAUUAUUCAUCGCUUUGCUCUUUUCCUUGCAUUUGUUGAAAAGAAAAACAAAAGAAAUCUUUUUUUUUGUUAUUUGGUGACUGUUAUAAACAGCAUGACGAAAUGUAAAUUUACAUUCGAUUCUUCUUUGAGACAUAAACGAUUGUCGAUCAAUACAUCGACUGUAUAAGAGAAAAUUAACAACUAUUCUUCAUCUCAUCCAUCACAAUUCAUAGGGCAAGAAAAAGAGCAUAGAUGAAGCUGAAAGGAGAAAACAAGCGAAACUCUGUUGCAUUGAGUAGAAGUAGUAAAUAGGAAGAUUUAUGAUCCUUUCUAUGUGUACAGACAAUUGAGAGAGUAUUUAUAGGAGUAACACAGGUUGAUGUGGGGGUAAAAAUGAAAAAGGAAAUAAGAGAAAGAGUUGUGAGUAUAUUGACUAGAAUAUGUGUCAUUACUAUUCAGUUACCUUCGUAGAUAAUUUCAUGAACAUGAUAUAAGAAUCAUUCAUUUUGUAGAUAAACGAUGGCUAUCAGCAAGAAACAACAAAUUCGGUGUAUAAGAAUUUUAUUAACUGUUUUCUAUGGAUUUCUUCUAUCAACUAUACUAUAUCGUUAUAUUAUUCAUGAAAUUUUUCAACUAGUUCAACGACCAACAAAUCCAUAUGCUAUAACAAUGGUUGUUCUCGGUGGUUUCAUUCUUAUUCCAAUCGGUUUAGCGAUCUAUGCUACAUGGUUUGACAAUACAAUGAUAAUGUUGGUUUUAAUUAUUGUUCUUAUAUGUGUAUUUGUUUUGACACUUGUCUUUGGUAUUAUUCGUAUUAUCGAUACAGUACCUUGUCAUGCUGCUACUGCAACGACUGCUUCAAAUAUUGUGAUAGGUCUCGAUGAGUUAUCAAACAAAGCUAAAGCACCAUCAGCAGACAAGGGUACAAACACAUCCAAUACUGUUGCUAAAAAAUUUACGAAAACAAUUGGUGAAUUAAUUGCAAUUCUUUUUGCUUUUCCGGAAGAGAUGACGAAAUUAAUCAUUGAAUUAAUUGCAAUUCUUUUUGCUAUUUAUGCCACAUGUAUUCUAUUUCGUUAUGUUAAAGCAAAAUAUGCUAUGGUACCGACUCGUUAA